ACCAAAAUGAUUGGCGACCACAAUUGGCCUUUCUCCACCUUCCAAACGGCCUAUUGCUCUUUCUCGCUGUACAGCCCUUAAACGCGGCACUGUCGUUGCAGAUGCAGGCGAAACGGCCUAACUGAUUUUUUACCACGACUUUCAUAGCCGAGCUCAGAUUUCCACGAACCAACAUGGACCAAACCAUCGCAAAAGUGAUCUGCCUGGUCAUCCUGUUUGUGACCACCCUUAUUUUCGGCUGGCUACCUUACUUCAUCAUCAAAAGGGGCGGCAUGUCCCCUAGGGCCGUCCACAUCCGAUCACAGAUCAUAUCAUACCUAAACUGUUUUGCCGGUGGUGUGUUUCUGGGAGCAUGUCUGCUACAUAUGUUGGCGGAGGGCAGAGAGACCAUGGAGGAUUACUUUAAAGAUGUGGGCAAAGACGUAGAUUUCCCCGUCUACGAAACUCUGACAGCCGGGGGCCUCUUCCUGAUUGCUGCGGUAGAGCAGGUUGCACAUCACUUUCUCCAUAACAAAGUCGACAACUACGACGGGCGCGGGGACGUGGAGGUGGUACCUGGCAACAACACGAACCAGGGCCAGGAAACGAACGGGUUCGCCCGUGAUACUCAUGGGAAGCCUGUUAUCCACUAUAACGCCACUGAUGGUACGGUCAGCGCUGCAACAGAGUCGAACGGAGGAG